AUGACGAAAAGAAUUGCAGAUCGAGUAAUUCUAUGUUGGCUUGAUUUAGAAGCUCGGAACAUAGAAGACAAUAUUCAUCGAAAGAUUGAACAACUUCGGAUAAAUGUUUACGCUGCGCAUUCAUUUGAUGAAUGGAACGCCUGUAUUGAUUUUAUAACAUCAGUCGAUGAACAAGAUAUUAUUUAUCUCGUCGUUCAACCUGAACAUCUAAACGAUGAAUCUCUAUCGUUAUUUGAUUCAAUUCCUCAACUGAAAUCAAUUUUUCUAUUAUGUAACAACCAGAGAAAAAUAAUUCUAAUUCAGGAUAAUAAUAAUCUGAUUUUUAAUCAAAUCGAACAAAAUAUUCGACAAAACGCAAAUCAAGCAAUUGGUUUGCAAGUAUUUCGUGCACAAAAUGACAAAAUUACCGAUGCAUCCUUAUUGAAUCAACUCGAUACAUCAUUUAUGUAUUCGCAAUUGAUUAAAGAAAUGCUUAUUGACGCUGAAGUCGAAUACGCUGAAGACAACAUAAAUGAUUUCGUUGAUAUUUGUCUUGCUGAAAAUCAAGAUAAUCAAAUGCAAUCAGAAAAUCUUAGAUCUUUUCGAAAUACCUACAAACAGCAUUCAUCAGUUUGGUGGUAUACGAAAGAAUCGUUUCUCUAUUCCGCAGUGAACAAAGCUUUACGAACGCAAGACAUGACUAUGUUAAUCGCAAUGGGUUUUUUCAUUCGUGAUCUUCAUUUACAAUUAAUUGAAUUACAAGAGACCGAUAUAGAAAAUCAAUCGCUUUCAAUGCUUUAUCGUGGUCAAGGUAUGACCAUGAAAGAUUUCGAACGUCUUCAUCAACAAAUCGAUGGCCUCAUUUCGUUUAAUAAUUUCCUUUCGACUAGUUCGGAUUAUGAUGUAUCACUCAUGUUUGCUCCCAUAACGACACAUGAUAAAAAAUCUCUAUCUCCAUUUGCUUCAUUGAGAAAUGUUAGCUGUUAUCCGAAUGAAAAUGAAAUUCUUUUUUCUAUGCAUACAAUUUUUCGAAUUAAAAAUGUUCAUGAGAUCGAUGAACGUUUGUGGCAAAUCGAUUUAGAUUUCACCAAUGAUCAAGAUCAACAACUCAAUAUUCUUCUUGAACAAUUACGUUCCGAGAUCUAUGUGCCAGGUGUAUUCAACGUAGAUAAAGUUGGAAAACUUUGCUUGAAGAUGGGCGAUUAUGAUGGAGCAUUAGAAGUUUACAAUACAUUACUACCGAUGUUUCCUGAAAAUUUAGUUUUUCUCUGUUAUGUUCAUAAUCAUCUUGGUUUAACUUAUCAACAUCUGGAUCAAAUCGAUCAAGCACUCAUGCAUUAUGAAAAAUCCAUUGAAAUUCGACGUUCAUGGGGAGAUGAGGAGAAUAAUGAUCGAUAUUCAUUGGUGACUUAUGCAAAUCUCAGUACUCUUUAUGCAGAGAAAGGUGAUCUAGUUAGAGCUCGGCUAAACUGUAAACUCGAAGAGUCGAUCGAGACUUAUCGAAAAGUCAUCGCAUUACGACUCGAAUAUUUACCCUCGAAUCAUCCAGAAUUAUCUUGUGAAUACAGUAAUUUAGCUGUAGUUUAUAGUGAAAACAAAGAUUAUUCAUCAGCUAUUGAAUGUUUUCAUCGUGCUCUCGACAUUGCCGAGAAGUCACUGCCAGACAAUCAUGAACGGCUAGCUACAAUACACUUCAAUAUUAAUGUAGCGAAUGAAGAUUUGGCGAACUAUGAAGAAGCGCUGAAACACAUUACUAAAGCAGUGGACAAAGCACGAUUAUCACCAACAUUCGAUCAAGAAAAUCUCAACCGAUGGAUUCAAUCUAUGCAGCAAAUCGAAGAAAAAAUAGACGCACAUUAA